UAAACAUAACCCUCUCUAAAUUUAUUUUUUUUCUUUCUUUUAGAAGAUAUUAAUUUCUAAGUUUGAAUUAAAUAUUUAGUAUAAUAUAUUGUAUACUAAAAUGUCAUGUAAAUCUGGAGAUCUGAAGGUUUAUUGGAAUAAAAUAAAUUACGCUUUCCCUAUUCUCAGCGAUUCAAUCUCCAGUGACUGUACAGAUGCUGAAUAUGAAAACAUUCAACAAAUAAUUGUCGGUUUGGGCAUUCAGGUCAGAAUACGUGACCUUAUACUUGUUCACAUUGAGAAAUAUCUCCGGCAGCAUAUAGCACCUCCUUUUUGGUCUAAAUUUGUAAAAGUUGAAGAGGAGAUCAAGGGUUUUCAAUUGUUCAAAUCUGCUGUAAACGAUUUAUAUGAGGCGGUAUCUAAAUUUUAUGAUAUGCUACGGCGACUAACUAUUCUAAAUAGUAGCUGUGGAGAUAACAAACCUAUAUUUGGUGAAAAAUAUGUUAUACUUGGUUUUAAACAAUUAGUGCGGGCAACCCUUCUGUCACAACUCCCUUUAGAUUACCAAGUCAUCAUAAACUACUUCUACAAAGUAUCUUUUAACGUGUUUGAUAACGAGUAUGAAAAUUCUGAUAUGGGGGAAGAUGUAAUGUGUUCUGGCUGUUGGAAUGAAUACUCUGAUUGUAAUUGUGCUUACAUUGUUAAAGUUUUUCAUGACACUAAUAGGAAGUUGAUGGAACUCAAUUUAUUGGAGAGACUAACAGGUCAAGUAUUAACAAAUUUUAUUCAAUUAAGAAUUGAAUCUCAAAUACAAAAACUGUGUGAUGGAACAUUUGAUGUAUCACACAUAAGUUUCUUAGAAAAUUGGCUUGACACUACUGUUAUGUCCUGGUUAACAAGAAUAUAUUGUGCAGGGUCCUCAAAACCUCCCCCUGAUGACAAAAAUAUUCAAAACGCUAUUGCAAAGUUUAAACAAAAGCUUAGCCAUUAUUUAUACCAUAGUUAUGGUAAACUGAGAAUUGACCAGCUCUUUAACAUUAUUAUUGAUUAUCCAGAUUCACAACCUGCAGUGGAUGAUAUUAAAUUAUGUUUAGAGAAAACUGAUUUACGGCCAACUCUUUGUAGGAAGUUGCAAGUAGCUUUAGAAACAAGACUGUUACACCAUGGUGUAAAUACAACUGAUAUACUGACUGCUUAUGUGUCAACCAUAAGAGCAUUGCGUCAUCUGGAUCCAUCAGGAGUCAUACUAGAUACUGUCACAAAGCCUGUACGCAGUUACUUGAGGAACAGAGAAGAUACUGUACGCAGUGUAGUAAGUAGUCUCACUGAGGAUGGUGCCAGUAGUGAAUUAGCUGAAGAACUCACUAAAUUUGCAGCAGAAACUGAUGGAGAAUGUGACAAAGAUGAAGCAUGGGAUGAGUGGAAUCCUGAUCCAGUAGAUGCAGAUCCUAAAGUCAGUGCUAGUGAUAGAAAGGCAGGUGAUAUAAUUUCAAUGUUGGUCAAUGUAUAUGGUAGCAAGGAGUUAUUUGUCAAUGAAUACCGAACAUUAUUAGCUGAUAGACUAUUAGCACAGAGUGUUAUUAACACAGAUAAGGAAAUAAGGUAUUUAGAACUAUUAAAACUGAGAUUUGGAGAGUCACAAUUACACUUUUGUGAAGUAAUGCUCAAAGAUAUAUCUGAUUCCAAACGUAUUAAUGCACUAAUACAACAAGAUAAAGAAUUUGAAGCUGCAAAUAAGUUUACUUCAAAUGCCAUGAUUUUAUCAGCACAAUUCUGGCCACCUUUCAAAGAUGAAACUUUAGAGUUGCCUGAGGAAAUAAAAAAUCAUUUCAAAACAUAUACUAAAUCAUAUGAAGCACUAAAAGGAAAUAGAACCCUAGAUUGGAAACCACAUCUUGGUAAUGUCAAUAUAGAAAUUGAAAUAGGGAACAAAAAAUUAGAUUUAACAGUUUCUCCUUUCAAUGCUACUUUAAUUAUGCAUUUUGAAACUAAACCAGAGUGGUCACUAGAUGAUCUUCAUCAAGUAAUGAAAGUACCUGUCACUAUAUUAAGAAGAAAAAUAACAUAUUGGCAGUCAAUGGGCUUAAUUUCAGAGAAGUGUACAGAUGUAUAUGUUUUGGUAGAUGGUUCCGAUGCAGGCAAAACAGAUGUUGCUACAAAUCAAGUUCAAGAUAUGAUUUGUGAAGAUGAUGAAGCAGAAAGUGCCAUGGCUUCAGCACAUGAUCAGAGAGAGAGGGACCUUCAAGUGUUCUGGUCUUACAUAUUUGCGAUGUUGACUAAUUUGAAUUCAUUGCCACUAGAUCGUAUUCAUCAAAUGCUAAAAAUGUUUGCUCCAGGAACUGAAUGCAGUCUUCAGGAACUAAGACAAUUUUUAGAUACAAAAGUACGAUCUCAUCAGCUUGUUUUACAAGUUGGUAUGUAUAUGUUGCCCAAAUCAUAAAUAAAUAUAUGAUGUAUUGUAAGAUUGAAAAUAAAAAUAUAAAAAAGUUUCAACAACUUUAUUUUUAUCCUGCUAUACUUAAUAUAAAAAAUUUGGUUACAUUACAUAAUGUCUGUGGGUUAAUAUCCAGUUUAUAAAUUAAUAAAGCGACAAAUUUCUUGUUAAGCUAUUAUUUUGAUCAACAACUAUUUAUAAAUUAACAUUAUAUUAAUUAAGGAUCCACCACAUUAUUUAAUAUUAUUAUAUUAAUAAUUUAAUACUUAGUGAUCUCAUUAUCUAUAAGUUUACGAAUCUUGUGUCAGUCUUAGUAUCUAUAAAAUACUGAUUAAAUGAAAAGUUUUUUCCAAGAAAUAUGAGUUAAUACAAUUAUGGUUUUGAAACAAAUACAGUAUAUUCGAAAAUAUCAUGGAAUGCAUAAAAAUAAUUAACAGCAAAAUUAUAAUGCAUACAGUGUUAUAAAGUAAAUGCAAAAUAUUUUUUUAAGUAUGUAAAAGAAGUACUACUAAUUUAUAAUUAUAUGCAAUUUUUAUUUUUUGUUGCUAAUAUAUACCUACAUAAUAACAGCAUGGAAUGUAGAUUUAUAUAGAAUUUCGUUUCUUAAGCACCAUUUAUUAUUUAGUGGCAAUGUAAUGCAGAUAUUAUAACUUUUUGUGUUCUCACAGAUUUUACUACUUUGCAUAAAAAUGUUGCAUCAUUACAUUAGUAAUAUUAAACAUAGUGAUUACAAAAUAUAAAUUCAUUAAAGAUAGUGACAAUACUGAUAAAUUAAAUAUAGCGCGAUUUAUGUGUGUGUAAAUAAUACACAGGGGGUUUACAGUAUAAAUUCAACUAUUACAGUUAAAGCUCUACAACUAGUUUACAUAUUUACAGAAACCAUUGGUGAAAUGUUAAAUAUGAAUACAAAACCAAUUACUUAAUAUAUUAUUGGUACAAAGUAUAUUUUUUAUAAUAUUGUAAAGACACAAUGUACUAAAAUUAAAUAAGAGAUAAUAGGCAUUAAUCUUGUAUAUUAUUUAAAAAGUUUGUUUUUAUCAAACUUUAACAUAGCAUAAACAUUUUAAAUGCAAGACUAAAAAAAAAGCUUAAAAAUAAUUAAGUACAUAUUUUAAUCAUUAAGUUUACAGUCCUAUUACUAGGAAUCUCUCAUUGGACGAAUUAAUUAACAAAUCAAUGUAAUUGUACACAAAUCUCAACAAUACACAUGAAACAAAAAUUAUGAACAUUUAUUUUAACCUAAGAAACAGAAAUAUAUACUCUUGUACUCAAGAUAUAAUACAUAAUAAUUAAAGCAAUAAUUUCCAAUUGUUAAUCUUUAGAUGUUUGUACUAAAGCAAGAUCAAGCUACAGGUUACAAAUAUAUUGUGUUAAUAAGUACAGAUCAUUGAUUAUAAAUUAUAUUGUAUAAACCUACAAAUUUAUUAUUUAUAAAUCCAUGUAUAUUUUUAUAAAUAUAAUAUUUAUACAGUUUGCCACUCUCAAAAUUUGGCUGACUCUGGUAUAGUUUUAAAAAUUAAAGAUUAUACGAGGGUUGCUCAUUGAAGAGAGGUGACUGUCAAAGAUAUAGAAGUAUUCUCUGUACUUCAUAUUUUAUAGUGAGUGAAUACUUCACAUUGUACUAACCAUAACAUAGAUCAAGUAUUUAUAUGGGAUUAUCCUGUUAUCAGUACUACUUUUAUUACAGUAGGUGUAAGUGAUAUAGAUUUUCAUAACCUUUAUAUACAUCAUACAUAUCAUAAUUAAGUAUGUAGGUAAAAUAUUAAUUUUAAUAUAUAAUACAACACAUGAACAGUUCGCUGUACAUAAUUGCCAACUUAAUAUUUAAAUAAAUAUUGAACUUCAAGCAAUUUGAAGACUGUCAACAAUUUAAUAAAUUAUUCUUGAUAGAUAAAUGAAAUGGAAUUUCGUACUUCGUUAUAUUAUUUCAUACUCGUUAUUGAAAAAAAAAUUAUAUUUAAAUGAUGAAGUAGUAAGAAUACAUAAUGUUAGUCUUACCUUCCAUUUCCAAUAAGUGAUAAGAGUCUAUUAGAAGAUAGCAAAGCACUUCAUUAAUACUAAUAGUACUAUGGUAUAGAUAUAGAGAGAGCGGAUUUUCUUGUAAGGAGUAAACUCCGGAACCUCGAGUGAUUUGAGAAAUUCAUACACUGUUUUAGUGUGUGAGAGAAGUUAUAUAUGUUAACAUACACAAAACUCACAAAGUUAUGAGCACCCAGGCGAAACAAUUACAUAUAUAUAUAUUUAUGUGAUUGCGAUGUCAUCUGUAGCGCUAUCGAUUUAUUUUGUUGCGUAAGUAGCGUGGCGUAAUUCAAUUUUCUUACUGCAAAUAUUUAGCAGCAGUAGACAUAACCAUUCUUAUUUUUUACAUAUACACUUAUUUUUAUUAAAGACAUGUCAUUUUACUAUUAUCAAUAAAUUAUAAUUCAACUAUCAACUUAGGCCUUUUUAUUCUUACGUGACAUAUUUCAAUAGGACUGAUAUUGUAGUGUAACAGGUAAUUAAAAGUAAUAAAAACUGAGAUGUCUUAUCUAGGUUCUAGCGCAUACGAAGAUAAUAGGUACAUUAGGUUAAUGGGACAAUAUAAUACUUUUUGGUUGCCAUCGCAACUUGAUAUGGCACGUGUAUAA